UAAUUAUUGUAAUUAUAAAAUAAUAUUUUCUUGGAUCGGUUUAGUAAACCGACUGAUCCAGAGUUAGUUCGGUUUAAUUGAAUAGGAAUUGUGGCCCAAUAACACGACGAUGGCCCAAUUCUUUUCUUCGUCGUUUUGUUUUUACAAGUAAGAAAAAAAAAUUCCCAAAAGCGACACUUAACGAACUUUAGAGAAAUUCGAAAACCCUAAUCGAUUAGAGAAGAAAUCGAAGGAGCUAUGUCAGAUCCUUACGAGAGCGUGAAAGGUGGAAGACUAGCGUUCAAAGGAGGUGAUCUAGCCACAAGGAAAUCGAUCGAGAAGAAGAAGAAGCAGAAGAAGAACAAGGAGAAGCUCGAAGACGGUGCUCAGGGGGAACUAAAGAUGGCUCCAGACGCUGCUGGAGAAGAUAUUUACUCAAUUGAUGCCGCGAAGAAGAAGAAAUACGAUGACCUUUUUCCUGUGGAGGCGAAGAAGUUCGGUUACAUUCUCAUAGCGGAUAGAGAAACCGCACUCAUUCUAUAGAGGA